ACUACAUAUUGUUUUGAAAUUGUCCAGUUACUCAUGUGGCUGACUGUAACAUCACUUGUUAUGUUUGUUGACAGCCAUUGUGGCUCAGUGAAUCGAGAGGUCGUGGUGGAUUAGAAACCCGUCCCCAGACAAAUGUUUAUAACAGGUAGUCUUCAUAGGUGCUACGAAAACCACUACGCUUUGGGUGGGUUUAAAAAUAAAAAUACAUGAAUAUGUGUAAUAUUCUUGGGGUAAACAUUUAUUUAGGAUAUAAAAUAUAACUAGGUAUAUGACUGUAUUUUCGCAUAUAAACUUAACGCGUCUAGUGUAUUCGGCAAUCUUAGUGCGUCUCGACUCCACUCUUCUAACCUAGAAAACUCACCAAUUUAACAAUAAAACAGUUAAUAAAUUUGUAUUACUUCGGUUUUCUGAAUAAAAUUUGCCUUCUAUGUCAUUUACAUAUCAUGGGUAAACCGUAAAAUUUGCAAGUACUUACUUCCAUGGUCAAUGGACAUUUACAAUAAACAGCUUCAACUCCCAAACCAUAAGGUAUUUAGGAUAACCUCGAUCUGAAACCGAGAAUAAACCAAUCCAAAUAUCUACGUCAUUUGUAAGCCUGUGCAAAACUAGUAUAUCCCAAAUAUGUGACUCGUAAAUCGGUGUCGUUAAUAUUGAUGUUUGUGAUUGAUCGAAAGAGGAAUAUGUCAGUCACGUGCUGGUCUCUUUAAUCCCAAUUAAGUAAACGACACGGACUCCUCUGUUUGUUGCCAUAUUCUACAAAAAAAAAUCCAUUUCGCAAUGGAUCGAAAAAAGCAACUAUGAUUCUUUAUUAAAAACAGCCAUAAAACUUCUAGGGUUCUUUACUUUUACGAUGACGAAUCUGUUCGUCUAUGAAAUCAUCCCGCUGGUGAGCACUGUUGCCUCCAUGUUGUUGGGCGACGCGCGGUACAUGUUGCCCUUCCAAUUGCCGGACUGUUGGCGCAUUGACAACUUCGCCGUGUAUCUCAUCUGUUACGUCUAUUUGUUCAUUACUACUAUCCCAUGCCAGAUGUGCCUGUACGUACCCACUGAUUUGGUGAUAGUGAUUUUCUGCAGCAACCUGAGCGUACUGUUCACCGUCCUGAAAUCAGAUUUAAGAAACGCUAUCCAACGUGAAGGCAGAACAAACAGACGGCUGUAUUACUCUGAUCAGGAGAGUUACAACAAAAUUAAACUUGCCGUUAAAACACACCAGCAAUUAUUAAGAAUAUCAGGUGAAGUGAGUGAAAUUUUUGGAGUGCUGUUACUGAUGCACAUAAUGUCUUCAUCUGUUAUAAUAUGCUUUUUCGGAUUUUUGACUAUUGUAUAUGGAUCUCCUGCUGAUAAAGUAUCAUACUUACUGACGGUUUUCAGUGCGGUCCUCAUGAUAUUCGUCCUAGCUCUAGCAGGACAGAUACUUUAUGACGCGAGUUCGCGUGUCGCUGAGGCCGCAUACGAAAGUCUUUGGUUCGAAAGCGAUAUCAAUGUUAGAAGAGCAAUGCUGUUUAUUAUUAUAAGAGGACAGCAACCUGCCAGCUUGUCCGCUUUGGGAUUCUCCGAUAUGACGCUAAGAACAUUUUCAAAGAUAAUGAGUAGCGGCUGGACUUAUUUCAACUUGCUGAUACAUAUUUUUGAAGACAUAUAAAACAUUUACAAUUGGUAUUGUACACAAACAUUAAGAAUAAAACUAGAUUUUCACGUUAGAAACACUUUGAUUAUUACAGUACCAGUAAUAGGAGAGGCUGAAAACCAGCGCUGCUCGGAACUAAUAUCCCGGUCAGCACAAUCUGAGCCGCUUCCUUUUGUCUUUAUUAUAGUAUUAGUAUAAGAAUAUGUAUGUUAUCAUUUGUGUAACAAGACAAUAAAAAAAAAUAUUAUUAUUAUUAUUAAUAAUAGCUUUAUAGAAUCAAAUUUAAUCGUAGUAUUUUGAUGCUGUGAACACAAAUAUAAUUAAUACACAAUUAA